AUGGAUGAAAAUGGAGUCUUAUCAAAAAUGGAAAAGUUACUCAAGACAAAUACUGCAAAAAUGAAAGGGAAGCAAUCGUUCGCCCCUGAAGCUUUUGUGUUUCACCCACCAGAUGAUCUGAAGACCUAUCGAUUAACGCCUGUGACUCCCAGAAAAUAUGUCUUAAAUAGAAAUGAAACUGCUACUAAAAAUGUAGAUGGCCUUCCAAUAAAAGAAGUCCUAUCACUUGAAGUAAAUGAAGAUCAGAAAUCCCAGUCGCAACAUAACGUGCUGUAUUUCAGGAUCGUGCAUUUGUUCCUAGCAUUGGAUAAUUCUCGCUGUGGGGCCGUCCUCUGCAGUGUAGGAUGUUUUGUGGCAUCCCAGGCCAGUAGCACUCCUCUAGUUCGUGACAAUCACAAAUGCUCUCGACGUUGCCAGAUGUCCCCUGGGGGCAAAAUUGACCAGUGUGGAGAACCACUGCCUUUGGACAAGCAAAGCCUGAUAACUAGAAUCUGGGAGGCCCUAACACGAGGUCGUUUUAUCACUGCUUGGCUUGCAACCAAGGUCCUGUUUGGUUCUUUAACUUUUAAAAAUCUCAUAUUUCCUUUAGCCAAAGGUCUUAUUCGCAUCGCUGUUGGUCAAACAAGACUCCUUAUGAAAGAAAGGUUCAAACAGUUUGAAGGACUGGUGGACGAUUGUGAAUAUAAACGAAGUGAAAAGGAUACCACCUGCGCCGAUCUAGAUGGCUUUUGGGAUAUGGUUCGCUUUCAGAUACAGGAUAUACACCAAAAAUUCAACAAUUUGACCAAACUUGAGGAGUGUGGAUGGGAGAACGAUAAUAAUACAAGCAAAAAAGUCUUUCAGAAACAAGUUGUCUCGGGUAUAGCAAGUAAACCGAAACAGGACGAUGGCGGGAGAAUGGCAGCUAGAAAUCGCCUCGCUGCUGUAAAAAAGGCGAUGAGAGAGAGGGGUCAGCGGAAAGAGCAGGCUGAGGCAGCAGCCUCUGCAGCGCCCAAGGAAGUUGAUCAAAUAGUGUUUGACGCUGGAUUUUUCAGAAUUAAAAGUCCUGUUAAAUCAUUCUCAGUAGUUGGUAAUAAUCUCACUACUGAAUGCCAUCUUCUUGAUUCAGUAAGUUUUCCAACUUAAUUUGAAAAGUUCCCUU